AUGCAAGAUGGAGGUAAAUUUAAAGCAGAACAGAUCACUCUGUACACAAUCAGUGAGAAGCACAAUAUUGAAAGAGAGAAAUUCUGUGGAGGCAGAAUCAUAAUUGCAACAAAUCUCGGAGGACGAGGAACGGACAUAAAAGUGGAUGAAAGUGUGAACAAGUGUGGUGGUCUUUUUGUUCUUCUUACUCACUUUCCACACAACCGAAGAGUCGAGAAACAAAUAUUUGGCCGUACGUCUCGAAAAGGAAAUCCCGGGAUGGUCCAGAUGGUUGUGAACUGUGAUCACCUCGCACCAGCUUACCAAGGUCAGUCUGUGGAAAUCAUGCGUCAGCUGAGAGAGCAUUAUGAAAUUAAACGAAUCCAGGACAUGGAAAGUGAUGAGCUGGUUGAAAUAAAACUGAAGGAAGAUCUCUUCUCCACAUUUUGUAGAUUGCUGAAAGACUUUGAUAGGCAUUACACACCAGAAGAAAAACUGAAUCCCAUGCGAAUGCAGCUUGAGAAAAUUCCUGAUUGCUUUAAACAUCAUCAGUCUAAGUUUGAUUAUCAGCCUGCCAUCAAUGCUUUGAAAGAAUCUUGGGCCUUGUGGUUGACCCUACAUGAGGAUCACAUCAAUAGGCAUGAUGACUUCAGUCAACUCGAAGCAGACCUUAUCAAGACAAUGAAAGGAACGAGUGAAAAGCUGCUGCUAGGAGAGUCUGAUAAUUUCUACGAUCACGUCAGACAGGCAAUUGCAAGAACUGAUCUACACUGCCGAAACAAAUCCAGCAAUUCUAAUGGAGCUGACACCUAUUGGCAAAAAGUUGAGACCUUUGACAAACACUACAAAACUGUAUCACUCUAUAACCAGGCGUACAUCACCAUCAACCUCGGCAAAGGUAACUAUAAAGAAGAUGCCAGGAAACUGCUGGAAGAUGCAAAGAAAUCCAUUGACGUCUACAUCUCAGAAGUCUCAAACACAAUGGUCUCAUGUAACUUAUCAGUCACUGGUAACAAAGAUCAGAGCACAGAGAACAACAACUUUCAGAGUCAAAUGGAGGCCAGAAUGAACAUUUUUAAAUCUUGGAUGACGUACAUUGAUAAUGCCGUGCUUAAACUUAAAGAGCUGGAGAAAAGCAACAGCGAUGCCAUUACAGAGGACUGUUCGGUCUACAUGCUGUCUGAAGAAAAGAACUUCAUCAUCAGUAAUGAGUUAAUAUCACUGUACGACUACGGCCUCGGAGUUGUGUUUGAGGUGAAAAAGAAGCCCAAGUUUUGCAUUGACGCUUUGAUAUGUUUCAUAAUCGGCAUGGUUCAAGUUCUCGCUGGAGUUCUUAUUUGUGCUUUUACGGUUGGAACAGCCAGUCAGUUUGGAAUGGGUCUGAUUUCAGAAGGAGUGUCUGACAUGAUCAGUGGAAUAGAGGGCAUGAUGAAGGGAACAUUCGAUUGGGUGUCAUGGGCGAUAUCUAAGAGCAUCAGCAUCGGGCUCUCGUUGCUAACAGCUGGCUUUAGCAUUAUCAAGAAAGCAGUUACUUCUGUGUGUACAGUGACAAAGAGUCUCCUUAAUGGUACAAAGUCAUUCUCUGCUGUUGCGUCUGAAUUCAUCAAAUCAGGAAAGGCAGCAUUUACUUCAUUGAAAGGAAGCGUUCAGUCUGGUUUACAAUCCGUCAGUAAGGAUUUGUUUAAGUCUGCCAUGAAAAACAUGACUACUUCUACAGCUCUCAGAGAGAACUUCAAAUAUGCGACCAAAUAUGCAGUUCAGGAAAUCUCUAAACAGUCUGUGAUCUCUGCCAUAAACUAUGGAAUUGAUAUAGCAGGUCAGGAAGUCUUUAAGCUAAUUUUACACAACAGUUUUAAGAAUGUUGUUGCUUCGUCAGUGAAGCAGAACAGUAAACUGGAUCAGACUCUCAUCGAGUUCAUCAGCUCAGGUGUUCCAAAAGCUGCCUUGAAAAAAGAGAAUUUCAAGAUUGACUCAAAAUAUGAAAAGCAAAUGAAAGAAUCAGUUGAUAUGCUUUGUGAAGAAAUAAUUCCUCAGCUUGUACUGGACUGUACCAAAACACGAGAUGUUAUCACCAACCUCUGUAAAGUGUGUGACAUAGUGACAAAUGAAGUAAAACAGUCUGGUUUGCUCACAGCAGCAAAGGUGGCUCUGAAAGUAGCAGAGUACUCUACACGUCUCAGUGAAAUAUUGAGUGCCAUACCAACAAAGAAGAUAAUAGACAAGGAAUUUGUUCCUCAAUUACUGGAGAGCAUCAAUGAGCUUCAGACAGAAAUGACAAAGUAUGACCAAGAUGGACGACAUGAUUUAGAUGAUGUAAAACGCCUUAAAGGAGAACUUCUACAGAAAAUCGUUCAGAAGGUUUCUGAGCAAUUCAUCAGUUCCUGUUCUGAACAUAUAAGUUCUUUAAUUACCAGCAGCUUUAAGAGUCAGUUUAACAUUGCUACAGGACAGGCUUUGGACAAAGUGAUGCGCAGAAAUAAAACUCAACGUUUCUUUGAUGACCAGAGAGAAAGACACAACAAUAAAUCUGCAAGCCACAAAGAAGUGAAACAGCUGUCUGAUGAGGACAAGACAAAACUAAAGCAGUUUACAGAAGAUAUUUGCAAAGCUGAUCAGCCCACUUCAGCCUUCGAUGUGUACGUGCUCACAAAAAGUAACCUGCUGAAUGGAAAAGGAAUUUGUCUUACUAUCGUUGAUCAAAAAGGUAAACAACUGACUGAAGAACGUCAAAUGGGAACCAACAAAUCAGCAGGCGAAAUAAAACUGAGAUUAACCAAGUCUGCAAAAGACCAACAUUCACCACAAGCUGGAUCACAGCUGUACAGCGGCCAUUUUGAUAUUGUACAGGAUGACGGGAAGAUAAUCAAAGUCAACUCUGAUGAUCAGAAUGCUCUUUAUCAUGCUGUAGUACAAGCAACUGGCAGCAAGACAGAAGAUCCAAAGAAGGAAGCGUUGAUGCUACGUGAGAAGGUGAAAAAUGAGAUCCAGACAAACCUUGAAUUGUACAAACCUCAACUUAUUCUCAAGAGAGAAAAUGACUUUUCUCACAUAAACCCCAAGAAAUACAGCCUAACUGAAAGAAGUAAAUAGGAGGCGAAAACUCCACUGCUGGAAUAUUUUCAGAGUGUUAAAUUCAUCAAAAGUGAUGAACGUAUCCUCAUCAAAAUGUACCAUCUUGGAUUUGUUGGCGAAUAUAAAAGUGUUGUUAGUACUCGGAGGUUGAGUAUAAACAUCACUGGGACACUCAACACCAGCCAUAUUCCACCAAAAGACUCCUUUAGACUAGCGCAGACGUUCGUUGAAGAAUCAAAGUCAGCGAGCGAGUUUAAAACUAAAAACACGGAGCUUUAUAAACUGAUCAGCAGCGUAAAGACUGACAAUAAUGGACAGACCCUGAUUGCAAUGGAGGUUCUGGGACAAGAUCACAGACAAGCUUUAACUACAGGUCCAACCAGCCGUUCACAGAUGGCCAGGAAACUUCUGGCAGACACCAUGAUUAGUGGAGAUGCGGAGCUUCUGCUGAAACGCUCCAUGAUUUUACAUCACCCGCUUUCCUCACAGAAGCUCAGAUCGGCUCUAGGUGAUAGCAUUCUGUCUCAGUGUCCUGUUUUGUCUAAUGAUGGUAUCAGAGGCUACUACAAAGCAGGAUACAGAAACCUGGUGUCAGAGUACAGCCGCAUGGGAAUCCUGGAUCAGAACCAGCGUGAGCGUCUGGAAAAGUGGGUGUCUCAGGAUCAGCACGAGGACACAAACACUGCGGAGUAUGGAGAAGUUCUGAAGGAACUAAAAAAAAAUUAAAAUAAAUGUGAAUAUGGUGAUUAACAUGAUGGCUAUAGGAAGUUAUUGUCCUCUGCCACUGAAAUUAUAUUCACUGCAAAAAAGCACAAAAAAACAUUCUACUAUGUAACAAUAUCUUGAUCUAUUGAUCUUUUUUUUGGUAAUUUGAAUCAUUUAAUGACACUUCACAUUCAAAGCUGACGUAAUGUCGCAAUAGGUCACGAGAUACACGAGAGCCAAUGCCAUCAAAAUCACAGCUGAUGUAUCAUUUUGUCUGGUGGUAAUUUUAAAUGUGUUUCACCCUGAAGCUUCACCAGAUGUGAAGAUUCACUGCGGAUGGUGCUCGUUUUAGUGUCUUUUCAUCAUAAAAAUUGAUCGUUUGACCUUGGAAUAUGUGACUGUUUUACAUUUACAUUUAGUCAUUUAGCAGACGCUUUUAUCCAAAGCGACUUACAGAGAGUUCAGGGAGCAAUAGAGCGAUAUGUCAUACAGGAGCAAUAAUACAAUAGGUGCUAAUACAAAGUUACUAGUUUCCACAAAAGCCAGAACAAUACCUGUUGAGAGAAAGAGAGAGGGUUACUUUUUUUUAUUAUUUGUCAAGUAUUCACUGAAGAGAUGGGUUUUAAGUAGUUUUUUGAAUGUUGUGAGAGAUGUGGUUGACCGGACUGAGUUGGGAAGAAUGUUCUACCAGGAAGGAGUUGUGAAGGAGAAUGAGCGUUGUCAUUCUUGUCAUGUUGCCCCUGGUUUUGUAUGCUUUGUUUUAUCUCAUAUAAUAAAUAAAUGGGUAACCUUACACGUUAUGUAAAUACAGUCAAUCCUGAUGGUUUAAGUUGAAAAUCACACUCCAAUAUGCGUCAUUUUUGCAAAAUUAUCAUAUUGUUGAGGAAAGGGACAAACAACUUUUCUAGUUGUUUGGGUUGCAGGGCAGGUUGCAUUAUAUACAUUGCUAAAAUCCCAAAACUUUUUUUUCACAGAAGACUGAUGUAUACAUAACACCUCUAUAGUGUAGAACAAAGACAUGCCCAUUCUUUAUGCUUCUGUCUUAAUACAGUUCAUUUUUGUGAAAAUAUUACCCAAAACUGUGUGCUGAAUUUAUAAUCAAAUAAUUUUACAUAAUCAGUAAAAUUGGGGGAGUUUUGAGAAGAAACAACACAAAUAUUUUAUAAUUUUUUUUAUAUAAAUAAAAUGUUUUUACAGAUCUACAUGACGAUGAAAAUGCCUUUUUACCUGACCUGUAACU